AAAAUAUGGCUGGUUAGAAAGUUCACCCUCGUUAGAAAUAUCGAUGUCAAAAGUUUUUAUUAGUCUAGAUCUACACUAUCUUUUUCAAUAAUAUUGAUUUGUUACUAUUGAUUUAAUAAUUUAUACAUGUUUUGUUAUUUUGAUGCUUUGGUGUAUUCACUUUCCUAUUCAAUAUUGUUAUUUAUAAGUUGGCGUUUGCUUCCUUACUCAGGCUACUAACCGGAAGUAAUUAAAGCUCAAAAGUUUUAAAACUUUUUUCUUUUUGAAGCUUCGUAAAAGUAAUUUGCUUCAAUACUGAGACAAUAUUGACCGUAUAAAUGGUAUAGAUGUCGGUCAUGUAAAAGCUGUAACUUGUGAACUUCUGGAUCCAAUACUUAACUGACGUGAUCCUCCACAUCAUACUAUAGAGAGAAAAAUCAUCCUGACUCGAGGAGCUAAGUAACUGAAAAGAAACAUACAUUGAAGUGAAUGAUUAUAAAUGCUAUAGAAACAGUCAGGUGCACAAGAUCAAGAUUGUGUUUAAAAGAUGCUUGAACAAAGCAGGUGACAAAAGCUAUACUUUCCUAUAUGCAACGGCUCAAGCUCAACUUUUCCAAAAGCUCAAUAUAAGUGACCGUGUUCUACAACAACGGUUCUAACUAACACUGCUGCAUCAUGCUGCGUAGACGUCGUAGUCUCAUAUUUAAAUUAGUCCUAGCCAUUCCAAUACUAUGGUUUAUAGCCAUAGGAAUAACAACAUUUACCGGAGGUGGUAAAAGUGACAUUGAGGAUCCUGACUCACCACAUCCAAAAUUUAAUAGGGCGGCAGUGAAUAUUCAUGAACCACCACAAGAUCAUCAUGUACAACCAGUUGUAGAUAAUCCUAAUGACAGAAUUGAAAUAGUCCCAGUCCCAGAUGAUGAUAUACAUGGCAAAGGGGAUAACUUAGGGAGGAGAAUACAUGAUGAUCCAGAUAAUAAGCCAGAUGACAAUUUAAGGUUUAAACCAAAUGAUAAAAGUAAUAAUAUGCAGUUGGGAGGCGCCCAUGGUGUUCACAAAAUUAAGACCACCACAGAAGAUCCAAAUAAACCUGGUGCCAUGGGGAAAGCUGUCUUUAUCAAGAAAGAGAACCUGUCACCUUCUGAAAGGAAGAUAUACGAUGCUGGCUUCCAAAACAAUGCGUUCAAUCAGUAUGCCAGUGACAUGAUCUCCUUACAUCGCUCAUUGCCUGACAUGAGGGAUGAAGAAUGCAAGCCACUGUCGUACCACUCCAACCUUCCUGAUACCAGUGUCAUAAUAUGUUUCCACAAUGAGGCUUGGUCCGUCUUGUUGCGUACAGUCCACAGUGUCAUCGACAGAUCACCUCCAGAACUAAUUAAAGAAAUCAUACUGGUGGAUGAUUAUUCAGAUUUACCUCAUCUUAAAGAGAAACUCAACAAUUACCUACUUGACCAAUUCAAGGGAAAGGCAAGGGUUGUACGCACAAAGAAGCGAGAGGGUCUCAUCCGUGCCAGACUUCUGGGAGCCUCACAUGCCAUCGGCUCUGUUCUCACUUAUCUCGACUCUCACUGUGAAUGCACUAAAGGGUGGUUGGAACCCCUGUUAGACCGCAUAGCCGAGGAUAAGAGAAACGUAGUUUGUCCCGUCAUUGAUGUCAUAUCAGAUGAUAACUUGCAGUAUCAGCAUGGUAGCGCUAAGUCUACCAGCAUUGGUGGGUUCGACUGGGGCCUGCAGUUUAACUGGCAUGGUAUCCCAGCUAAAGAGAGAGCAAGGCGUAAAUCUGAGGUGGCCCCUAUCAGGUCACCUACCAUGGCUGGAGGGUUGUUCUCCAUCAGCAGGGAAUACUUUGAGGAGCUAGGUACAUAUGAUCCUGGAAUGGACAUAUGGGGAGGGGAAAAUCUUGAACUUUCUUUUAGGAUUUGGAUGUGUGGUGGUACAUUAGAGAUUGCACCCUGCUCCCAUGUAGGACAUAUCUUCCGUAAACGCAGCCCUUACUCUUGGAAAACGGGAGUAAAUGUUGUCAAAAAGAAUUCUGUCCGACUUGCUGAAGUGUGGAUGGAUGAAUAUAAAAAUUAUUAUUAUGAAAGAUUUAAUUAUGAUCUGGGAGAUUUUGGAGAUGUCUCAGCCAGAAAAGCUUUAAGAAAAAGAUUAAAUUGUAAAAGUUUUGACUGGUAUGUCAAAAAUGUAUAUCCAGAAUUAUUCAUUCCUGGUGAAGCUGUGGCUUCUGGAGAGGUGCGUAAUAAACACUCUCCAUGGUGCCUGGACAGUGCAGUUGAUUCCAACUCUAUGAACAAGCCAAUCAAAAUGUGGCAGUGCCACAACAUGGGAGGCAAUCAGUAUUGGAUGUUAAGUAAAGAGAAUGAGAUACGUCGUGACGAGGGCUGUAUAGACUAUGCGGGACAGGAAGUAAUGAUAUAUCCAUGUCACGGUCAACGAGGAAACCAGGAGUGGAUAUACGGAGUAGAUAACACCAUUAAGCAUGUGAAUACCAACAAAUGUAUGGAGAUCUCCAUAGACGGACAAAAGCUCUCAAUGCAGCCAUGCACAGGAGUUGACAGGCAAAUAUGGCUAUGGAAACGAAAAGCACAAAAAAAUUAGAAAUCUAUUUUU